CGCUGCGUGCGGGGCGGUGCGGGGCGGGGGUGCCGGGCGGCCGCGGCGCGGUGGGACCAUGGAGCUCGGAGCGCGGCGCCGGCGCCGGCGGCGGAACCGCGGACCGUUUUAAUUUUGAUUGCCGUUACCACCGAUACCUGAGCCAAAGUGGUGAUGCCACCUGAGGGACGUUUCUGCAGCCCAUAAGUCAGCAGCCACGCGGUAAGAACCGCGAGCCAUGCCUCUGGUGAAGAGGAACAUCGAGCCCCGGCACCUGUGCCGUGGAGCCCUGCCCGAGGGCAUCACCAGUGAACUUGAGUGUGUCACCAACAGCACCCUGGCCGCCAUCAUCCGCCAGCUGAGCAGCCUGAGCAAACAUGCGGAAGACAUAUUCGGCGAGCUGUUUAAUGAGGCCAACAACUUCUACAUCAGAGCAAAUUCUCUGCAAGACAGGAUCGAUCGCCUUGCCGUCAAAGUCACCCAGCUGGAUUCAACAGUGGAAGAGGUGUCACUACAGGACAUCAACAUGAAAAAAGCUUUCAAAAGUUCCACAGUCCAAGACCAGCAGGUGGUUUCAAAGAACAGCAUUCCAAACCCUGUUGCCGACAUUUACAACCAGAGCGAUAAACCUCCUCCUCUGAAUAUCCUGACACCUUACAGAGAUGAUAAAAAGGACGGACUGAAGUUCUAUACUGACCCUUCCUAUUUCUUUGACCUCUGGAAAGAAAAAAUGCUACAGGACACAGAAGAUAAAAGGAAAGAGAAAAGACGUCAGAAAGAGCAAAAGCGUAUAGAUGGCACCACCCGAGAGGUGAAAAAGGUUAGAAAAGCCAGAAACAGGCGCCAGGAGUGGAAUAUGAUGGCGUAUGACAAAGAGCUUAGACCCGACACCAGGUUGUCCCAGAGCACACACCACGGAGCGUCUUCCGAGGGAUCCUUGUCCCCAGACACUAGAUCCCACGCCUCGGAUGUCACCGAUUACUCGUAUCCGGCGACCCCCAACCAUUCUCUGCACCCGCAGCCCGUGACCCCUUCCUACGGAGCUGGUGAUGCGCCAGCACACGGGCCAGCAAACCAGGCCGCCGAGCACGAGUACCGGCCACCGUCGGCCUCGGCCAGGCACGUGGCCCUGAACAGGCCCCAGCAGCCGCCGCCGCCCCCGCCGCAGGCCGCCGAGGGCUCGCAGGCCUCCGCGCCCCUGGCUCCCGCGGACUACGGGAUGCUCCCGGCACAGAUCAUUGAGUAUUACAACCCCUCCGGACCGCCGCCGCCGCCGCCCCCGCCCAUGAUCCCUUCCGCACAGACUGCUUUCGUCAGUCCCCUCCAGGUCCCCAUGCAGCCCCCCUUCCCAGCAUCCGCGGGCUCCUCCUAUGCAGGUCCUCCUCACCCUCCCUCUGGCGGGCUCGUUGUCACAGCCCCGCCGCCCCCGGGCCCCCCGCCGCCCCCGCCGGGCCCUCCGGGUGCAGGCUCUUCGCUCUCCUCCUCCCCCAUGCACGGCCCCCCGGGAGCCGAGGCCAAGAGACAGGACGCUGCACAGCCGCCCAUCAGCGACGCCCGGAGCGACCUUCUUGCUGCUAUUCGGAUGGGAAUUCAGCUGAAGAAGGUGCAGGAGCAGCGGGAGCAGGAGGCCAAGCGCGAGCCGGUGGGCAACGACGUGGCCACCAUCCUGUCCAGGCGCAUCGCUGUCGAGUACAGCGACUCGGACGACGACUCGGAGUUUGACGACAACGACUGGUCCGACUGAGGGGGCCGGGCCGGGCGCGGGCGGCGUGUUGAGGAUGCAGGUGGUCGCAGCACCCGCGUCGUGGUGUUAAAAUCCUGUAGCUUAGCGGCUUUUGUACCGAUGAUGUGAUAUUGCUUUUGCACAUCCGAGAAUUCUGGGUUUUUUCAGUAUUUACUGUGUAAUACUUAAGUGCCACUAAACAUAGCAAAUCGUGCUGCACAUGAGGAAACACGCUGUAACUGUUGCAUUGUCCUGACAACAGCCUUUGCAUCCUUUCUCUUGGCCGUGAAAGUGUUUCGUGCGGGUUGGGUUCACUCCCCUCGGUCACCCUAAUUCUGCAGGCUUGCUGUGUGUCCUUGAAGCUGCCUGGUGUCAGGUCUCUGCAAGAUUAAUGGCUGCGUCAGAGUGAUGUCUUCCGGUCAGUGAGGUUGUUUCAACUUUUUUUUUUUAAGUGCAUUUCAGAAGGAGAGUUUGGUUCUAGAGAGAAAGGUUUGACAAGCAGGAGAGUCCUAUCUUUCUGCUUCCGUUUCUUGGCCUGGUAAGCUCUGUGAAUUUGAGCCUUCUGUUGAAGAAUUGCACUCCCUUUGCUCGCUCUUGAGAACCGUGGGCUCGGAAGGGCGCUCUCCAGGCAGGAGCCCCUGCGGGCGCUCAGGCGGUCAGUGCUCGUUGACCAUUUCUGUACGAGGUUUCAGCCGCACAGCAGUCACGAAGUGGGGAGCCGUCCUUUAUCCUCCAGGGGCCGUUGGGGUGACCCUCAGGACACUCGGCAGCUGGGGGUCCAGCCUACACAGGCCCGGGUGGUCUGGAGCUGGGUGCAGAGACCCGCACAACCUCUUUCGCGGAGCCGCAUCCCGGGGAAGCCAGCGGAGGCCUUGGUGCCGCAGAGAUGGCUUCUGAUGGCACCUCGCUCCACUCGGCCUAAAUCCCGAAAGCUUCUGUUGAGGUGGGAAUGGAUUUGGACAGCUUUUCGCCUUUCCUGGUGCUGUGGCCAACUAGGGCCCCAGCCUUCACUCUGUCCUAGAAGCACACAGGGUGGUGGGCACAUGAGACUCGACCGGGUCCCUCAGGUCAGAGGAGACCCUUAGGUGUAGUGCCACCUCCCUCCCCUCUUCCCCGAUGUGCUCACCCGGGACCCUGGGCGGGUUUCUGGCCAAGGCUGACCCCUGGCAAACUCAGGAGUCAGAGCUUAGAUUCUGUCAUUCUGGAGGAAAGGUAACUGCUUCUUUGGAAGAAGUAAAUGCCCCAGGCUUUGAUGUUAGAUCUGGCUUCACAGAUGCUCGAGGGCACCUGACUCCCUGAGGACGUCUCUGGGCCACAUGUCAGACGGACCAUGCCUCUUGGUGACUGUCAGUUGUGGGCAGAAAUCUGAAGCCAAAACAGAGCAGUUUGGGAGGAUGGUUGGGAUGGAAAUGGAGCCUGAUGGAUGGGUUUUGUCAAUGAGUUCUCCCAUGGGGGUCGCUGGCCCCCGGUCACGUCUGUGUCCCCGAGGGACGUUUAUGGCCUGUAGGAGGUGUGGUCCUUGUACAGAGCCUUCAGAACAGGCUUCUCGUCACUGGGUUUGGAUCUCUGAAAAGCCUCAGGUCCUGCGCCCUUUCCAAGUGCUCACGCCAAGGUAUCUGAGUCUUUUCAGCUCAAACCUGCUGUUCUGGCACACGCUUCUUGAGUUUCUGUUUCUUGGAGCUAGGCGCCGUAAUUUUAUUGACUGUACGUAGUAGUUAUCAAUGACUUUUUAGUUUCUUUAAUUUCUCUAUCCCUUUUUUUUUCAACGUGAAGGCCAACUGUGUUGGCAUUUUUCUUGGGACUUUUACCAGUUUGAGGCAUAUUUUGUCUUACAGUAUUUUGUCUUUAGUGUCUCUUUCGGAUUAAGAAUUACCCAUAUAAUUCUAGAACUUAUAUUUGAUAAUGCUGCUUUGGUUUUUUUUUUUGGUUUUUUUUUUUUUUUGGCCCUUCUGUUCUCAGGUUGGAGAGACCACGUAAAGCUAUUAUCCAUGUCAGGAUUUCUUCUACUUAUAUCUUACUACAAUAAAAUAGUGGCACUUUACUCAUAAAUAUUCAUGAGCCUGUUAAUUACUGGUUGUCUUCCUGUAGUUUAAUCAACAAGUUGUUUUCAACUUGGUUUUCUGACUAGUGAGAAAGCUUUUGCCCUGAUGUAUUAGGCAGCCUUUAAAAGAAUGGAAAAGGACUAAAAUCCAGCUUAGACUAUUUUUUGCAGUAUUUUUCUCAACACAUUUGAUUUAUUCUAAAAAUGAAAUCCAGACUUUUUCUAAUAUGAUAUUACAGGAAAAGGAAAAAGUGACUAUUUUGAAUUGCCAGUUUUCAUUUUCAGAAAGUAUUUACAAACCAAAUGGAGAUAGACGUUUAAAUGCAUACUUCAUGACUAUGAAUUUUACAUUUUAAAGUAGUUACAUGUUGUAAAGUCAUUUUAAAUUGUCCCAGUCCCCCGCCCCCAUCCCGUGCGUAUUUAGUUUUAAUUUCUGACAAGCUUUUUCUUCAUGUCAUAGGUCAGGCAGAGGGGCUGAGGUUCCUCAGGACCGCACAUUAACCGCACACACACGACGUGAUUGAUUUCCCGUUGUUAGCGCCAAACUGUAAGAUUUGGUCACUUAGGUUUUUCUUCGGUAAAAGUACACUGUUGGAGAAUUAGCGUCUUCAUUUCAGUAAAUUUUUAGAGUAUCAAAAGCUUUUCUGAGCACCAAGUGGCUAGGUUGUGAACGUUUUGUAAUAAUUUGCAGCUGAAAUACACAAUCCAUUUUAAUUCAUUGAAGACUCGUGGGAAUGUAUCAUCCAGGUAGCAAGUAAUUUUUGUUUUCCAAAGCGGAGUCUCUGUCUGUCAUCCUGCAGUAUUACCAAUGCUGUUGUAAAUUGAAUUUAAAGUGGUAUUAAAACAAAAACCUCCUGGUAAACAAUUUUUAUCUGUUUGUAUAUCUUACUAUAGAUUAUGUACAAGUAACAUCUAAAUAAAAUUACACUUUUAACCCUAA